AUGGCGAGCUCCGGCGACGACAGGGGCGUGGUGGUGGACAUCCGCUCCGCGGCGGAGUCGGCGGGCGACGACGGCGCGCGCGACGCGCCGCUCCACGUCGUCGAGUCCCUCUGCAUGCGCUGCGGCGAGAACGGCACGACGAGGAUACUGCUGACUCUGAUCCCGCACUUCCGGGAGGUUGUUCUGAUGGCUUUCGAGUGCCCACACUGCAGCGAAAGGAACAAUGAGAUUCAGUUUGCUGGACAACUCCAGCCCAAGGGAUGCUGCUACACUUUGAAAGUCCCCAAGGGGCAGCCUGAGAUACUGAACCGGCAAGUUGUGAAAUCUGAUUCAGCAACUAUUAAGAUUCCAGAACUAGACUUUGAGAUCCCUCCAGAAGCUCAACGUGGAACACUUUCAACAGUGGAAGGGAGCAUUAUGCGAGCUGUUAGUGAGUUGCAAGCACUUCAGGAUGAAAGAAAGAAAGUGGAUCCUCAAAAGGCUGAAGCUAUAGAACAGUUCUUAGUAAAAUUGAGAUCUCUUGGAUCAGGGGAAGCUGAUUUUACAUUUAUUCUUGAUGAUGCUUCUGGUAACAGCUUUAUCGAGAACCCGAAUGCACCUUCAUCAGAUCCUUUGUUAUCUUUGAGAUUCUAUGAGAGGACAUAUGAACAACAAGCAGCACUCGGUUUUCUUGCUGAACCAACCAAAGAAUCUGGAGACUCUUCUCAGGAUGCUUCAACAGUGGAAGGAAACUCUGGUGGGCCGCAAAGGAUUCCACAUGGUUCAGUUGGAGCUGUUGCAGGUCGCCGUGCUAUAGCUCAGGGAAACUCUGAUGAAAUUACUGCAGCGUUGUGUAGAUAUUCAGCACCAGAAGAGGUUGAUACUUUACCAUCAACAUGUGCGGCCUGUGCUACUGAGUGUGUCACACGAUUCUUUUCUACAAAAAUCCCAUAUUUUCGAGAGGUGAUUGUUAUGGCUACAUCAUGUGAUGCGUGUGGCUAUCGCAACUCAGAGUUGAAGCCUGGUGGUGAAAUCCCAGCUAAAGGAAAGAAAACAACACUGAUUGUGCGAAAUGUAAAAGAUCUUAGUCGUGAUGUCAUAAAGUCAGAUUCAGCAGCAGUUAGUGUACCUGAACUUGAGUUGGAGCUGUCAAGCGGAACACUGGGUGGCAUUGUGACAACAGUUGAAGGUUUAAUUGUGAAAAUAUGCGAGGCACUGGAGCGAGUUCAUGGAUUCCAGUUGGGUGACAGCACAUAUGAAUGGAAGAAGAAGAAAUGGGAUGGUUUCACAGAGAGAUUAGCAAAGCUUCUAAAUCUAGAAGAGCCAUGGACUCUAAUUCUUGAUGAUGCAUUGGCGGCUUCGUUUAUUGCUCCAGCGACAGAUUCGCUAGAAGAUGACAGACAGCUAACAAUUGAGGAGUAUGAGAGGAGCUGGGAGCAAAACGAGGAGCUGGGCUUGAAUGACAUGGACACGUCGUCCGCGGACAUGGCUUACAACACCACGAGCGCGCCAUAA